CAGUGGAGUCCUAAAAUUUGUGCAAAAUUAUGACAUGCAAAAAAAUGAGGCUACUACCAUGCUAUAUAUAAAGCCCACUGCCCUUUCACUUGUACUCACCAAAUAACUUCACACAUAAAAACACACAUAUUUAAAGUUCAUCAACAUCAAAACAAUAUGAUGUUUGAAAAACUAAAGCCAUAUCUCUAUGUCACAUUCUUGCAAUUUGGGAAUGCUGGUUUAGUCAUAAUAGCCAAAGCUGCUCUUAACCAUGGCAUGAAUCACUACACUUUUGCCACCUAUCGAAACCUCUUUGCCACCCUUGUUAUGGCUCCGUUUGCCCUCGUCUUGGAAAGGAAAACAAGGCCAAAACUUACACUUUCAAUUUUUUUCAAGAUCAUGGUGCUCGGCUUUCUAGAGCCCGUUGUCGACCAGAACUUAUAUUACGCUGGGAUGCAAUAUACAACCGCAACUUUUGCGGUAGCAAUGACUAACAUAAUCCCUGCCAUGACGUUUCUCAUGGCUUGGAUAUGCCGGCUGGAGAAGGUGAACAUCAAGAAAAUACAUAGCAUUGGGAAGAUAGUUGGGACAUUAGUGACUGUUGGAGGAGCAAUGAUAAUGACUCUAGUUGUUGGACCUACUAUUGGUUUGCCAUGGACCAAGGGUUCAGACGUCUCGCAACAACAACAAACUGCAACCCAUGUGAGUGCUGGAGACAAUAUGAAGGGGUCGAUGAUGAUCAUAGCCGGUUGUUUGUCAUGGAGUUGCUUUUACAUUGUUCAGGCGAUUACGUUGAAGUCAUACCCAGCAGAGCUAUCUCUUACAGCUCUUAUUUGUGCAUCUGGGACAUUGCAAGGGGCUAUAGUGACAGUAAUAGCUGAACAUGGUAAACUUGCUCCAUGGAGGUUACAACUGGAUGCUGGACUUAUUACUAUGAUCUAUGGUGGGGUAAUCUGUUCAGGAUUGGGUUACUAUCUAGGUGGAAUUAUAAUGAAAGCAAAAGGCCCGGUUUUUGUAACAGCUUUUAGCCCGCUAAGCAUGGUUAUCGUUGCGGUUCUAGGAUCUUUUGUUUUGUCUGAAAAACUAAACCUAGGAAGGCUUCUUGGAGCAGUUGUGAUUGUUAUUGGACUAUAUUUAGUGAUAUGGGGCAAGAUGAAGGAUGAAGUUCCAUCAAAUUCCAAAUGUGACCCGGAUGAGUUUCCACAAGUUGAUCAACAUAUACCCAUGACAAUUAAUGGCACAAGAUCUGGAAAGCAGGAUAACGAUCGUGUCGCAAUAGAAAUACCAUCAACCGAUGAAAAAUUUAAGAAAGUUAACGGAAACUAGAGUGCAAUUAAUACGAAUCUAUUGUAAUACUGGACUCCACUUGUGUCCAGAAGUUUUUCAAUCGAAUAUAAUUUAUGUUGCAUAAACGUGUUUAGUAUCUGAUGCAAGUAUGAACUAUCACAUCUA